UCACUCCACCGGAACCUCCCACUGGCUUGAUCCGAGGCUCUCUAAGUUCCAGAAAAAAACACUAGAAGACUGCCUGGACGACGAGUUACCGUACGGCUGGGAAAAAAUAAGCGAUCCUCACUAUGGCACCUACUUCAUCGACCACGUCAACCGGCGAACCCAAUAUGAAAAUCCUGUGAUACAAGCCAAGAGGGCGGCCUCCCAGGCCUCUGCUCGAGUAAGCAGAACCUCGUUCACCAAGGACCCUUCUGAACUGUGCGGCCAACGCUUCAAGACAUCCCUCGUCAAAUCCUCCCGCGGCUUGGGAUUCACUAUAGUAGGCGGUGAUGACGGGGUUGACGAGUUUCUUCAGAUCAAAUCCGUCGUCCCAAAAGGCCCGGCCUGGCUGGACGGACAGCUACAAACAGGAGACGUUAUAGUUUUUGUCAACGAUACAUGCGUUCUAGGAUACACCCACAAUCAAAUCGUCAGGCUGUUCCAGUCAAUCAGCAUCGGAUCCACCGUCGGUCUGGAGGUCUGUCGAGGCUACCCUCUUCCCUUUGACCCCAACGACCCCAACACUGAAGUCGUGACGACCAUAGCAGUAGACAACCAUCUCCAACAAGUACCUGACGAUAAGUGCUUGGUGGACACCAACUACAACUUUCUUGAUGGUGAAGACAAAUCAGUACUGGAGCCAAACAGCGACCUUGACGACCUGAUCAAAGGCAUUGGGGGGCUCAGCAUGGGCAAAAUUGAAGUGCGAGUUCGCAUUGUCAAGGGUAAUUUAGGUUUCGGCUUCACCAUAGCUGAUAGCGCAUGCGGACAGAGAGUGAAGAAAAUCCUCGACCACCAACGGUGUAAAAAUUUAAUGGAAGGUGACAUACUCUUAGAGAUAAACGACAUUUCUUUACAAAGCAUGUCCCAUGAUGACGUCGUGCAGGUUUUAAAAAACUGUCCCUACAAUAGUGAAGCGGAUAUAUGUGUUCAAAGAGGUUGUUCAAAUAAGACGCCAACUAUUAGAAAUAAGCCUAGAAAAGCGGAUAUGCGGUUCAACGGGAAGGACGUCGGUAGUGCAUAUCGAAGUAAAACUCCUACUGCAGAGAUUUACAGCACACAACCUCGAGAAGUGCUACCCAGUAGGCCAAAGACGCCCUUGGUCGAUACUAGAGGGCUUACAAAGACUCCUGUCAAAGAUGUUAACUUGAAUUCUAACCACGAGCUGUUCAAGCAUGAAUUUCCACAUGACAAUAUUAGCGCUGACAGAUCUCGGUUGCGUUUGUCUCUAAUAGAUAACCCUGAUGAGGAAGAUAUAGAUGAAAUCGACAUUGCCGAUAAUCAAGGAAAACCCCUUGGCGAAUAUCCCCCUCAAGCGGAUAUGAAGUUCGGACUGUACAUGCCUAUCCCUCAUAGAUACGACUGUUCUUGUGCCUACUGCACGAAUUCCAGGCCAGGUACUUUGGAACCAAUCGAUUCCUAUGAAAAUUCAAAGAAAUACAAUGGAAAUGAUUGGUGGUACCAGACGAGAAAUGUGGAAUACGCAACUACAGCACUCACGCUCAUUAGACAGGAUACUGGUUUCGGAUUCAGGAUCAUUGGUGGAAUAGAAGAUAAGUCACAGGUUGCUGUUGGCCACAUUGUUCCUGGGGGCUCGGCAGAUCUAGAUGGAAGAAUACGAUCCGGAGAUGAAAUUGUCAGUGUCGAAGGGUUCUCAGUGUUGAAGGCUUCUCACCGACAAGUUGUGCAACUAAUAAACGCAGCCGCAGCUAGAGGACAGGUUAAUCUAAUUCUGCGUAGAAGAAUUAACCCUCCUUUGCUCCCGAUAAAUCCUGGAUAUUGGCCUUCCGAAAACCACCAACAGCUCAAUAAUGUUACCGCCCCAUUGGUUGUUGCCAACCCACUUCCGGGGCCAACUUACGAUGUCUCCGUACAAAGGACUGAAAAUGAAGGCUUUGGUUUUGUCAUUAUCUCUUCUGCCAAUAAAAUUGGAUCUACCAUAGGACGUUUGAUAGAAGAUAGCCCCGCAGAGAGAUGUGGUCGAUUAAGAGUUGGUGACUACAUUCUGGCUGUUAAUCACAUAGAUAUCAUGCACCUAAGCCAUGGUGAUAUCGUCAAUUUAAUCAAAGAAUCUGGUUUGUCUGUUACUCUAACAAUUGCUCAUAACCCGGAUGUGUGAUUCAGAUUUUUUAUGCUUGUACUAAUUGUUGUAUUUCCAGAGGUUUAGGUAAAUAUUUCAAAAUUUGAAAUUACUAUGUUGGAAUUAUUUCCGUGGGGUUUUCACUAGAAUUUUUCAGAGUCCAUUAGUUUCUCUUUCCUUUUAAUCUUUUUUAUGAAAUAUUAGAAAACUUGGCCAGAACUGUGAUUGUCAUAUUAGCAACCUAUGUGCUCAAAAUUGUUAAAAAUAUUGUUAUUUAUUCAAACUAUCUUUUUCUAAAAAGUUAUAUAAAUAAUUUUGAUGAUUUUUGGUGAAAUGAAAGUUUAUGAAUGGAUCUAUCACCAAGUUAUAAUUUCAAUUUACUUUCUGAUAACUCCCAUUGUAUUUUUAUAUAUUUUUCAUUGGUGGUAUUGAUGUCAAAUAUUACAGAAUAGUUUUUAAAUAUUUCACACUGUGCAAUUUUUUAAUGGUUGAGAGUUUUAGAUAUGUUCAAAAACAAUGAAUAAAUUGGUUCCAUUGACAUCAACUCAAAACAACAAAGUAGUUUUCCAAUAUAGAAUUUUCAAAACUUGAAAUUCAUCAGAAAACCACUGGGAAUACUAUAUUCUAUUGUUGUUUCUACUAGUGUGAUCUCUUAUUAUUUUAUUCUAUAUUUUAAUCAACUGAAUAGGAUCAUUAACAUGUUUUUAACUGGAUGUAUUGAAAUGAAUGGUAGAUUACUCCUCCAUAGUAAUAUUACAUCUAUUAAUUUAUUGCACAUAAAUUCAUGAAUGUAUUGAAUGGUUCAGUUUCUUUAAAACUUGUCAAAGUUUCUGUUCUGCCGACUUACAAAGCCACAGAACACCAACAAAAAUAUGUAUAUUGUUGUAUGUUGAGAAAAUAUUGUAUAUAAUGCAACAAUAUAGUGAGAUUCUCCAUCACUAACCUUGAAAUCUCUUAGAGUGAUCCUCAAAGUGGCAGUUUGAUACAAAACAUUUGUAUUAAAGCUUGAAAAUACUAAGGUAUUGAUCAAAUUUGACAUUGA